CCGGGCCGGGCGGGGGCUCCUGACUGCAGGGCUGGGGAGCUUCUGACGCCUCAGCAGGGCCUGGAGCAGCGCCUCCUCAACAUGGGGCUGGAGGCCCAGAGGCCUCCGGGGGCCGAGGAGGCCCCCGUGAGGGUGGCCCUGCGAGUCCGGCCGCUGCUGCCCAAGGAGCUGCUGCACGGGCACCAGAGCUGCCUGAGGGUGGAGCCCGGGCAGGGUCGUGUCACCCUGGGCCGGGACCGCCGCUUCGGCUUCCCCGUGGUGCUGGACGAGGACGCCGGGCAGGAGGCCGUGUACCAGGCCUGCGUGCAGCCCCUCCUGGAGGCUUUCUUCCAGGGCUUCAACGCCACGGUUUUCGCCUAUGGCCAGACAGGCUCCGGGAAGACGUACACCAUGGGGGAGGCCAGUGUGGCCUCCCUCCACGAGGACGAGCAGGGCAUCAUCCCACGGGCCAUGGCCGAGGCCUUCAAGCUGAUCGAUGAGAAUGAUCUGCUUGACUGCCUGGUGCACGUGUCCUACCUGGAAGUGUACAAGGAGGAGUUCCGAGACCUGCUCGAGGCCGGCACCGCCAGCCGAGACAUCCAGCUGCGGGAGGACGACCGUGGGAAUGUGGUGCUGUGUGGGGUGAAGGAGGUGGACGUGGAGGGCCUGGACGAGGUGCUGAGCGUCCUAGAGAUGGGCAACGCGGCACGGCACACGGGAGCCACGCACCUCAACCGCCUGUCCAGCCGCUCACACACGGUUUUCACCGUGACCCUGGAGCAGCGGGGGCGCACCCCAAGCCGCCUGCCGCGCCAGGCCCCGGGCCAGCUGCUCGUCUCCAAGUUCCACUUCGUGGACCUGGCCGGCUCUGAGCGCGUGCUCAAGACGGGCAGCACAGGUGAGCGCCUGAAGGAGAGCAUCCAGAUCAACAGCAGCCUCCUGGCUCUGGGCAACGUCAUCAGUGCCUUGGGUGACCCCCAGCGCCGUGGCAGCCACAUCCCCUACCGGGACUCCAAGAUCACCCGGAUCCUCAAGGACUCGCUGGGCGGGAAUGCCAAGACGGUGAUGAUCGCCUGCGUCAGCCCGUCCUCCUCGGACUUCGACGAGACCCUCAACACCCUCAACUACGCCAGCCGCGCCCAGAACAUCCGCAACCGCGCCACCGUCAACUGGGCCCUGAGCUCAGCCUCCGGGCCGGACAGCGGCAUCGAGAGCGCCUCCGCUGCCGAGGAGCAGGCCACGCAGGGGCCCGGCGGCAGAAAGGAAGAUGAGGGGGCACUGCUGGCCCUGCAGAGCCAGGUGGCCCGGCUGGAGGAAGAGAACCGAGACUUUCUGGCCGCACUGGAGGACGCCAUGGAGCAGUACAAGCUGCAGAGCGACCGUCUGCGUGAGCAGCAGGAGGAGAUGGAGGAGCUGCGGCUGCGGCUAGAGCUGGUGCGGCCUGGCUGGGGGGCCCCAGGGCUCCUGCAGGGCCUGGCUCCUGGGUCCUUUGUGCCCCGGCCUCACACAGCCCCCCUGGGGGGUGUCCACAGCCAUGUGCUAGGCAUGGUGCCCCCUGCCUGCCUUCCUGGAGAUGCAGUUGGCCCCGAGAACGGGGUAGAGCAGGUGACGGAUGGCAGGGAGGCAGGAGUCAAGUUGCUGGAGGAGACAGACAGACUGGAAGGGGGCUCUUCAACUGCAUCGGAGGAUGAGGAAGAAGAGGGGGAACAACCGCCACCCCAGCGGACCCUGCACCUGCGCAGAGACGGGAUCAGCAAGGGGAGCCAGAGGCCGGAGGCCGGCCCAGGGAGUCCUCACAGCAGGAAGGAUUCGGAGCUUCGCCUUGAGGAGCUGGGUGCAGCCGUCCUAGAGCCCAGAGCGGUGCGUGGGAGCAAGGCCCAGGCUCGGCCCCACCAGGCCCCCGCUGCCUCCGAGUGGCGGCUGGCCCAGGCCCAGCAGAAGAUCCGGGAGCUGGCCAUCAAUAUCCGCAUGAAGGAGGAACUCAUUGGCGAGCUGGUCCGCACAGGGAAGGCGGCCCAGGCCCUGAACCGCCAGCACAGCCAGCGCAUCCAGGAGCUGGAGCAGGAGGCCGAGCGGGUGCGGGCCGAGCUGAACGAAGGCCAGCGGCAGCUGCGGGAGCUCGAGGGCAGGGAGCCCCAGGACGCUGGCGAGCGGACCCAGCUCCAGGAGUUCCGCAAGAGGGUCGCUGCUGCCCAGAGCCAGGUGCAGGUGCUGAAGGAGAAGAAGCAGGCGACGGAACGGCUGGCGUCGCUGUCGGCCCAGAGCGAGAAGCGGCUGCAGGAGCUCGAGAGGAACGUGCAGCUCAUGCGCCAGCAGCAGGGCCAGCUGCAGAGGCGGCUUCGUGAGGAGACGGAGCAGAAGCGGCGCCUGGAGGCCGAGAUGAGCAAGCGGCAGCACCGCGUCAAGGAGCUGGAGCUGAAGCACGAGCAGCAGCAGAAGGUCCUGAGGAUCAAGACGGAGGAGAUCGCGGCGUUCCAGAGGAAGCGGCGCAGCGGCAGCAGCGGCUCCGUGGUCAGCCUGGAGCAGCAGCAGAAGAUCGAGGAGCAGAAGAAGUGGCUGGACCAGGAGAUGGAGAAGGCCCUGCAGCAGCGGCGGGCGCUGGAGGAGCUGGGCGAGGAGCUGCGCAAGCGGGAGGCCAUCCUGGCCAAGAAGGAGGCCCUGAUGCAGGAGAAGACGGGGCUGGAGAGCAAGCGCCUGCGGUCCAGCCAGGCGCUCACCGAGGACAUCGUGCGGGUGUCCAGCCGGCUGGAGCACCUGGAGAAGGAGCUCUCCGAGAAGAGCGGGCAGCUGCGGCAGGGCAGCGCCCAGAGCCAGCAGCAGAUCCGCGGGGAGAUCGACGCCCUGCGCCAGGAGAAGGACUUGCUGCUGAAGCAGCGCCUGGAGAUUGACGGCAAGCUGCGGCGGGGCAGCCUGCUGUCGCCCGAGGAGGAACGGACUCUGUUCCAGCUGGACGAAGCCAUCGAGGCCCUGGACGCUGCCAUCGAGUACAAGAAUGAGGCCAUCACGUGCCGCCAGCGGGUGCUGCGGGCCUCGGCCUCCUUGCUGUCCCAGUGCGAGAUGAACCUCAUGGCCAAGCUCAGCUACCUCUCGUCCUCAGAGACCAGAGCCCUCCUCUGCAAGUACUUUGACAAGGUGGUGACGCUGCGGGAGGAGCAGCACCAGCAGCAGGUUGCCUUCUCGGAGCUGGAGAUGCAGCUGGCGGAGCAGCAACGGCUGGUCUACUGGCUGGAGGUGGCUCUGGAGAGGCAGCGCCUGGAGAUGGACCGCCAGCUGACCCUGCAGCAGAAGGAGCACGAGCAGAACGUCCAGCUCCUCCUGCAGCAGAGCCGAGACCACCUUGGCGAAGGGUUAGCGGACAGCAAGAGGCUGUAUGAGACCAGGAUUCAAGCUCUGGAGAAGGAGCUGGGCCGUCACAUGUGGAUGAACCAGGAACUGAAACAGAAGCUCAGUGGGGUGGACGCCACAGGCCAGAGCCGGGGUGGGGAGAAGAGGACCCUGUGCCUGGAGAACAGGUUACCCCCUGGAAAUGAAGAUGAGCCCCACCCAGCACCUGAGGUUCUCUGGCAGCCCCCUGUAGCUGAGGGUUCCGCCCGUGCCCGGGAGGACGUACGGGACCUGGUCCGGGCCCCGCUCCCACUGACGUGGAAACGCUCCAGCCUGUGCGGUGAGGAGCAGGGCUCGCCAGAGGACCGGCGGCAGUGGGAAGCGGCGGAGCCUCUCCUGGGGCGAGCGGUCCCUGUGGGGGAGGGGAGCCUGCCCUGGAACCUCGGGCCCCUGGCCAGGCCCCGGCGGGAGCUGCUGCGCAGGGCCAGCCCAGGGAUGAUCGAUGUCAGGAGAAACCCCCUGUAGGCUCCCGAGCGGAGCCUGCUGAAAGGGACAGCGGCCUCCUUUUGCAUCUGUGGACAGUCCUCACCUCACUCCAAGUCAGGUCCUGAUCUUCACACGAUUGGAGCCAACAAAUCUGCGCCAUGACCCAAAUGAACCGGACUCAAGUCGUUUUUAAAAAGACAUUCGUACUCCUGCCAGUCACCUCCUUUAAGCUGUGGUACCCCAUAGCCAGCCUGGAGAGCUUGCUUAAGGAUAGUUCUGGCCUCGGGUCUGCACGUGUGCACCAUCAGUUCUGGGAUUCGGCCAGGGCGAGUGACAGAAUGGCCAGCAGCAACAGGUUGUGGUCUAAAUGGUCUUAUGUAUGUGGGGGGAAUUGGGAAACUUAGUACGUUUUUAGGAUUUUAUAAAACCAUUUUGUAAUAAAUGACAAUCUUUGGAGAAA